AUGAACUUCUUCCCAACCAUCCUCAUGGUCCUAGCCGCCCUCGCUCCUCUCACGAUGGCUAAUGCUGGUCACAAGGAGCCAGGAAAAGACCCAAGCAAGGAGCCGAGCUGUGGCGCUCCCUUUUGUAAGCGGGCUGAGGCUCUGGCUCGAGCCAAGGCUUCUGUCCUCGCUGAGCAUGAGGCAAAGAUGGCGGCUAUUGCUAUGCCUACUGCUACUUCCAAUGUCGCGGGUUCUGAGGCAAGCAGUCUGGCUGACUAG